AUGAAUGACAAAGAUAUUGGAAAGAGUGACAAUAAUGGUUGUUCAUUCAUAGAAUUACCAAUUUCAAAAAUAUAUGUAAAUAACUCUCAAUCAAGUUCGGUGUUUUUUCAUAGUGCACCAAUUGAAUUGACAACUGUUGAAGGGUAUAAUCAAUUUAUAAAAAAAUUAGAGAAGAAAAAUAACAGAACUCAUGUUACAGUAUUGAAAGAAGAUUUAUCACAAGGUUAUAUUUUAGAAGAUGGAGAUGUUAUUGCUAAUAUUUAUGGUGAAGCAAAGAAUUACUUAGUAAGUCUAGCCUGUAAUGAAUGGGCUGAGUAA